CCCAGCCGCUGUGUGUGCUCCGCUGGAAGGAGACGAUUUGGAGUGAAAGAUAGCGAAAAAUUAACCCGAGUUCGUUCAUUGUGCUGGAUAUUUGAUGCAGUGCCUGACUCGACGCCUUGGUCGACUGCGAUGAAGUCAGCGGAUUCCAGGCAGCAUGAGCUCACACUGGAAACGGAGCGCCGACUCGAGGAUCUUUUUGAGAAGCUUGACGUUAAUGGAGAUGGUCGAAUCGACGUCUCUGACCUCACAGAGGGCUUGCAGAAGCUCGGGGUCCCUCAUUCGUCGAAUAUGGCGAUGAAGUUCAUCGAGUCCUCCGAUCUGACCCGCGAUGGAGUGGUGGAUUUCGCCGAGUUCGCGCAGUAUGUGCGAGAGCACGAGAGAAACCUUAAAUUGGUUUUCAAUCGCAUCGACGAGAACGCCGACGGUCACAUCGAUGAACAGGAGAUAAUUUCAUCCUUCUGGAAAAUGGGGAUCAAGAUUGAUCAGACCGAAGCUCACAGAUUGCUCCGUCGAAUGGACACGGACGGUUCCCUUACAAUAAAUUAUGAAGAAUGGCGAGACUACCUCCUGUUCCAUCCUGCAUCGAACCUCCAUGAUAUCAUAUCGCUUUGGAGGCAUCACUCGACCAUCCUCGACGUGGGCGAGGACUCAUUAGUUCCGGAUGAUUUCACUGAGGCUGAAUUUCGGGAAGGAAUCUGGUGGCGACAUCUGGUUUCAGGAGGAAUUGCUGGAACAGUUUCAAGAACCUGCACGGCACCUCUGGACAGAAUCAAGGUAUUCCUCCAAGUUCACGGGAAAGAAUGUGGUACGGUUAAAAACUGUUACAAGCAAAUGAUAGCAGAGGGCGGACGGAAAUCAUUAUGGAGAGGGAAUGGCGUGAACGUAAUGAAAAUCGGUCCAGAGUCCGCCAUCAAGUUCCUAGCAUACGAGAAGGCCAAACAAAUCAUUCGGGGCGAUGAGCAGAGGGAUGUCACACCAAUGGAGAGAUUCUGCGCCGGUUCCAUAGCCGGCUCGACUGCGCAGACGAUCAUCUAUCCGAUGGAGGUCUUGAAGACACGAUUGGCUCUGAGGAAAACUGGACAGUAUAAUGGGAUUUUCGAUGCCGCACGCAAGAUAUUCCGUCAGGAGGGCCUCUCUUCAUUCUACAGGGGUUAUGUGCCCAAUCUGCUCGGAAUCAUUCCGUAUGCCGGCAUCGACCUCGCCGUGUACGAGACGCUCAAGAAGCUUUACAUAAGUGAGCGGGGCUUGAGCGAGGAUCCCAGUGCAUGGGUCAUGGUCGCUUGUGGCACAACAUCCUCGACUUGUGGUCAAAUCGCGAGUUAUCCCCUGGCGUUGGUCAGGACACGGCUACAAGCCGCCGAUCCCUCACUACCUCGGCACUCAUUUGGGAAAAUGCUGUACGAGAUUGUCGUCAACGAAGGUCCCCGAGGACUCUAUCGGGGGAUCGCGCCGAACUUCAUGAAAGUCGCACCUGCAGUUUCUAUCAGCUACGUCGUAUACGAACACGUGCGGAAGGCCCUCGGAGUGGAAAUGACGUGAACGCUCCGUAUAAGUGUCCGUAACUGAAGCGUAUGUUAAUCUCUCGAAUGUUCGUCGGAAUAUCAUUGUUCGUAUACUUUCUGCCGCAUUAUUGUGCUAGCAUUAUCAAGAAUUUGAAAGUCAGGUCGCGAGGCUGAUCGCUUCGACAAGUGCUGUGAUAUCGACUCUCUCUAGUACAUUGCCCAGGACCUCCGGUCCUAGAGUGCUCUGGGAGAUAAUCGAGAAACCGAUUGAAGGUUCUGCUGGUUUUUGAACGUAUCUUGUAUAAGUUCGGCGACAGAAUGACAGGCCGAAUCCUGAAAACGUCCUCCCGCGAUUUAGGUAUCAUCAUCAACUAAUUUAGUACAUAAACAAUCAUCGCGAUGAAGCUCUGGAAGACAGACGCAUGUAGGAGACGAAUGGAUUCGUGGAGGAGUCAUCCGACGGCGGGGAAUUUCGUGAUAGAUAGACGAAUUUUUCGACACGGAACAGAAGCUUAUUCAGCUUUGCCAAAGGAUUUGCUAAUUGCAAAAUAUCACGUGAUUGCUUUUUUUAUAUCGGAAACCGUCGCUACGGAGCUGAUCCCGCGAGGACUCUACGAUCGCUACUGUGCGCGGCUCUUUCGGCAUGUUUCGCUCUUCGAACAAACUAGUUCGAUUGAUCUAAAUCUAGACAAACGAGAAGAGAUAUCACCUUCGCUCGGACGAGAUGCGCGGAGAGCUUCAUCGUUGCAAGGAGAAUGAUCGAAGUGAUGGACAUCGUAGAAUAGGAAAAUUGGUGGAAGUCAUCUCUCGUUGAUGAACCUCCUUAUACACGGGUUUCGCGCCAAGGUUUCUGUCAGCGAGAAAGCUCUAAGUUACCAUAUUGCUUGCCCGAUGGCGAAUAAAACUGAACGUUUC